CUUAAUUGUUCGUCGUGGAGUUGAUAUAUCCCAGGUGCCAAGCCAGUGACACCAUCCUGGUAGAUAAACGCGGCUGUCGCUUCGAAGGUCCCAAUGGCGCGGCUACGAUUGAGCUUCGUGUCCCCAAGGUACUCUACAGCGUCCCAGACCCCAAUUCCAAUCCACGCUCAUUGAAUCAUCCCAACUUCCACAACUCUGCCCCUUCUGCUCUUACGAUGGCCGCAAAACGCAACGCCCGUGACGUUACUCACUCCCCUCCCAUCAACAAAUCCGGCACAUCAACUCCAACCACGCAAGCGCCCGCCGCCAAAAGUGCCACGUCGAAAUCGAAAGAUGCGAACCUAAGUGCACAGGAGGUUGCCGUGGCGAUGUGGGAUAACUACGUGAAGGCGACACCCCAGCGUACGAAGCUGAUUGAUGUGUUCAUGGCAUUCUUAGUGGUGGUGGGCGUUCUACAAUUUGUGUAUUGCGUUAUCGUUGGGAACUAUCCAUUCAAUGCGUUUCUCUCGGGGUUUUCAGCCACUGUCGGACAGUUCGUUUUAACUGCUUCGUUAAGGAUACAGACAAAUGCAGAGAACAAGGCAGAGUUUGAGUCUAUUUCACCAGAGAGAGCAUUCGCCGACUACGUUUUUGGUAGCCUGAUCCUGCAUUUCUUCUGUGUGAACUUCAUCAACUAGCAUAACGAUACCACAUAGCACACGUGUACGACACAUGUAUGAUUAGCAAAAAUUCAAAAAGGCGUUCAGAGAUUGUUACAGUGAACCUAUCACACGUUACUAUUAUCUGCUCUAGUGUUAUUGAUGUUAUGC